CUUGAUGACUUAAACAGAUGGAGUCUACUUCUCAUUUCUCCUUUUAUUUAUCCUGAUAAGUUACUCAAAGCAGAACAUAUAGCUUUUGUGACAGAAAGCAUUUCAGCUCAGACAGAUAACUUGCAGAAAGUACCUGGCUCUUCAAAAGAGAUUGUGAAGUGGUCAGACUACUGUUUGCCAUUGGCCUAUAAACCUGGUGAGCCUUAUAAAUUAAUUGCUGAAGCGAGUGUAGAUAAUUUCAGUAACCUUGGAAUAGCAUUCAUGGAGGACAGGCUUCAGAUGGAUAACGGAAUGGUGCCACACAAGAUUGUUUCUGUCCAUUUACAGGAGUCUACUCUGAAGGAGUUGGCGCAGGUGGCACCAUCUCUAGAAGAGCAAAGUGUAAGCAGUACACAAAUGGAUAAAGUAACUCCUGCUGCUGCUUUUGGGACUACUCUUAAAUCGGGAUUAGGAGUUGCUGAGUCUGCAGGACAAGGUGAUGAGGAGAAGUCCAAGCUAGAGAAAGAAAGUCAGCAUGAAGAUGAAUCCAGCAGCCUAUCUGACAGAGAGAAAGGUGCUGGGGAACAUCAUCACUUGCAUCUUUCCAGCUGUCGUGAAUGCCUGCAACUUGAAAACAGUACUAUUGAAUCGGUCAGAUUUGCCUCUACAGAAAACAUUCCAGAACUUUCUGAUGAUUGCAACAGCAAACUGGAAGAGAAGAAUGUUGACUGUUUAGCAAGAGGAAUAAAGAGAGUAAACCUUGCUGGAAAGCCCCCUAAUAUAUUGGUUUAUCUUGGUUCUAAAACUGCAAAAGUAGAAUUCGAGCAGGUAAAAUCAAUCCUUCAGGAAUGCAUUGAUGCAAACAGCUACAUCAUCUACCAGCUUCAUGAGGAACAAGUUCUGAAAGAUCCGUGGGUUGAUAAUUCAGUGCUGUUGAUCAUUGCCACAGAGGAGCCUCUUUCUGAAGAGAACCACAAACAGUUUAUGAAGUUUUUAUCUAAAGGUGGAAAGAUUUUAGGGUUUUCUUCAUCUUUUACAUUUGAUGGCAUACAAAUAAAGAGAAAAAGCAAACUGAAGAAGACUGUUAAUGAAUUAGUGGUCUCUAAAAGGGACAACACUGAAAUUAAGUUAAAUCUUUUGAUGAGUGGCUGUAUUUUUGAGGAAGUGUUGAAGGAAGAUACCAGCAAAGUGAAGACGUUGAGUCGAUUAAAUAAUGCUGAUAAAGAUAUAGUUAUUGUUCAUCUGACUUACGGAGAUAGUGGAGGAGAAGCCAUUCUUUCUCAGGCAUGCUUGGAACUGGAUAUCAAUUCUAUGGAUGUCCAAACUGAAGAGGAUUUUAAUUUGCUAAAGAUAAGCAAUACAAAGAGACACGAAGUUCUCAAGGAGAUCCUGGUAUCACUUGGCCUGAGUUGUGAAUUAAGUGAAAUUCCUGUGUUAACACCUAUUUACCUACUCUCUUCUGAUGAGGAAAUCCAUCUUGCUUUUCUGAAAUGGCUCGAGGGAAAUGUAGAUGCUGAAGGCCUAAGAGCAUCCAGCAAGGUGUCUCUUAAAUUUGUUUCAUCCUGUGAAUCAAAAAUUGAGAUAACUCCAUCUCUCAUGCCAGUCAUCACUGAGAUGGGAAGCUUCUCAUCAGCACAUUUCAGCCUGAAGACAUAUCAACAGAAUCUUCAAACAAAAAAGCUUGGAAAGAUCCUUCUUUUUACUGAAGUUACCACAACAACAAUGAAUCUUCUAGAUGGGUUAAUGUUCGAGUUGCCUGAGGAGAUGGGUUUAAUAGCAAUUGCUGUUCGACAAACACAAGGGAAAGGUCGUGGUGGCAAUGUGUGGCUGAGUCCCGUGGGCUGUGCACUCUCCACUUUACAUAUCACCAUUCCUCUGCAUUCCAACCUGGGCCAGAGAAUUCCUUUUAUUCAGCACCUGGUGUCCUUGGCAGUGGUAGAAGGAGUUAGAUCAAUACCAGGAUAUGAGGAUAUUGAUCUGCGAGUGAAAUGGCCGAAUGAUAUUUACUACAGCGAUCUGAUUAAGCUUGGUGGAGUUCUGGUAAACUCUACACUUACUGAAACAACAUUUCAUAUACUUAUUGGCUUUGGAUUUAAUGUGAAUAACAGCAACCCCACCAUAUGCAUCAAUGACCUCGUCACAAAAUUUAAUAAGGAAAGGGGGACAAAGCUGAAGCCUCUCACUACAGACUGCCUCAUUGCAAGGACUGUGACUGUGCUAGAGAGGCUUAUAGAGGUUUUUCAGGAGAAAGGGCCCAACGGAGUUCUUCACCGUUACUACAAGUACUGGAUACAUAGUGGAAAGCAAGUCCAUCUCCACAGCGAGGAGGGCCCGAUUGCGUGGAUAGUCGGGAUAGAUGAUUACGGAUUCCUUCAAGUUCAUGAAGAAGGCAAGGGUGUGGUGUCUGUGCACCCAGACGGGAACUCCUUUGACAUGCUGAGAAACCUCAUAGUCCCAAAGCAUUAA